AUGAGCUACUGCAUCAUAGGCGCUGGCAUGGCUGGGUUGGCAGCCGCAAGGCGUGUGCUUGAGGUCGGUGGAGAGGUUACCGUUUUCGAGCGUAUGGAUCAAAUCGGUGGUACAUGGGUGUACACCGAUGAGGUUGGAAUCGAUCGUUUCGGACUGCCUGUCCAUACGAGCAUGUACCGGGGAUUGCGUACAAACCUGCCUAAGGAAGUGAUGGGAUAUCCUGACUUCCCGAUACCAACACAACGCGCUUCGUACAUUGUGUCAGAAGAUAUUUUAUCCUUUUUACGCCUGUACGCUGAUCGGUACAAUAUCGAACGUCAUAUUAAGUUCCAACAUCUAGUAGUACAAAUCCAUCCCAUUGUGGGUGACCGCUGGAUGGUGGAAGUAGAAAACUUAACAACGCAACAAAAGCAGCAGCAUAUCUUCGAUUUCCUGUUCAUUUGCAAUGGUCAUUAUCACACUCCAAACAUGCCGGAUGUGCAGGGUAGAGAUUGCUUCCAUGGUCAGCAACUGCACAGCCAUGAUUAUCGCAGCACAGAGCAUUACAAAGACAAAGCAGUACUCGUCAUAGGAGCAGGUCCUUCCGGUAUGGACAUAGCGCUAGAACUCGCGAAAACAGCACGCCGUGUAACGAUCAGUCAUCAUAUGGAGCGUCUAACCUUUCCGUUCCCUUCCAACCUGUCCCAGCAAAUGGAUGUCGCUCUACUUACCGAAACCGGCGCAAAGUUCACCAACGGUGAGGAGGAAUCUUUUGACGUUAUCCUGUACUGUACAGGAUUUAGAUACAGCUUCCCAUUUCUUGGUGACGAUUGUGGCGUCCAGGUGCAGGAUAAUCAUGUGCAACCGCUCUACAAGCAUUGCAUUAACAUUAACCAUCCAACGAUGGCCUUCAUUGGGCUACCGUUUUAUGUGUGUGCCGCACAAAUGAUGGACCUUCAGGUUCGAUUUUGUUUGCAAUAUUUUACCGGCAAACAGCGUUUACCUCCACCAACUACCAUGCUGAAGGAUAUGGUGCAGGAAAUCGAAGAGCGUUUUCGCCGAGGUUUUAAGAGACGCCAUGCACACAUGAUGGGCCCGGAACAGGGACGGUAUUAUGAUGAUCUAGCCGGCACGGCAGACAUUGAAUCCGUUGCUCCGGUUAUGACAAAGCUACACAACGAGAGUAGUCAACGUUUUGUUGACGAUUUAAUACACUUUCGAGAGGAUGUUUUUAAGAUUGUUGACGAUGAACAUUUUGAAUAUGUGAAACAAUAA